CCACUAUAUUUGCCACGUGGGGUCCAGAGGAGCAACUUCCCUAGUUAAAUUGUAAAAUCGAAGAAGAUAGUUCACCAGCAUACGCCUGCUGCAAUAUCAAAGAUGUCGUCACACAAGAAAAGUGCUUUGGUCCCAGGUCCUCUCUUAUGGAGUCUGGUGACUGUAUCGGUCCUCGAUUGUGUUAUGGCACUAUCAAUGCGCAGUUCGCUCACCUCGACCUCUGGCGUUACCGGAUUCAGUUCUAGUUUGCAGUAUUCUCAAAUUCCACCCGAGUGGGCGACGCAUCCGCAAUUUUCGAAUCGACAACAUCCUCCACAGGGGAACCUAGGAGCGCAGCCCUCACCGGUCCCAGUAGAUGCACCGGCUUCAUCUCAACAUCAACACAGAACACGACAACAUGUUGAACAACAUCAAACUUCGCAUCAACAAACAAGCCAACAACAGCAACAACAUGCCUUCGCCCACGAACAUGGUUCUCAAGCUCAACCUAACUUUCCACGACAACAACAAGAACCGGCAUUCUGGGAGGGUCAGGAGGUAACCUUUGAUGCAACAUAUGGAGGGAAAAUUACUGCUCAUAUACGCGGACGAGUCGUCCAAGCCGACCCCUCUGAAGAUACGCUGGUCAUUCAGCUUCUCGACCAAAAGAAUAAACUCAUUCACAGCGUACCGAAGACGGUCGUCCAACCCGUACCAAAGAGCAUCGUCCAGCCCCAUCUAGAAGUACUGCUACUGCUGAGGCACAACAACUACAACUUUGUUUUGCUUGUUCACAUGCUUUUUGUUUUGUAUUCAGUAGUACUUCUUGCUUAGUUACCGUUACUCUAUCAGAAGAGAGUCGUGGACACUUUGAAGAGUACCAACUAAGAGUAACAUUGAGAUGGUUCAAAAACUAUUUGUUGUACAACUAUCAUUUACAUUUUACUCAGAUUGACGUACAGCACGCAACAAGAGACCUGAAGCACGCGCUGCAGUUGAGCAAUAUCGUUCAUCCAUCUCCGCCGAACGGCGUAGGAAUGGCGGGAGACACGAAGGCGCGUACGGAGUCGGAUAGUACCAACAAUGUUCGACCUCGUCCAGUGGGUAAUAUUGUCUCACCAUUAGAAACAAAUCCAAUUCCACCACUGGCAACAAAUCAACAGAUUCCACCCCCUUCAGUAGUACAUCCUCAUCAGAUUACCACCCCGCAUCAGAUUACAGUGCCUUCAGUCCAGCCUAAUCCAUCUCCGUCAGAAGUUGUAGCGAUGACUCAACAAGGUGCACCACAAGAGGCCGCAGAUCCUGCUCAACAAGUACAACAAGCAGACGCCAUGAUUCAGCAAAAAGAUGCACAACAAGAGACCACGCGUCCCCAACAAGGACAAGCAGAGCCACCACAAGCAGAGCUACCAUCAGAGAAUAGACAUCACAAGAAGAAGAAGAAGGAGAUGCGCGCUGAUGCUGCGAUCUGGAAGCCACCACCAAUGCUUGCUAAGGCUUUUGCAGCGGAACGGGUGAAUCGUCAUGGCAGCACGAGCUCAGCCGCUUCUUCGUCCGGCGCGGAAGAGCCGUCCAUGAACGCGUUUGCACUCGAGUACUAUCCUUACGGCAUCCAUUCCCCUGAUCGAUAUUAAUCUUUUUGAAAGGCAUCCUUCCUGAAGAAUCUGCUUCUCAAGGGAGACACCAGAGCUUCAUGAUGGGUCCUGAGAUGGAUUCGUGCGACCUCUAAUAUCCUCCACCGCAUGUUGUGGCGUGUGUAGAGGAACAACGCGCUGCACACGCAGCCGCGGAAAUGGGCAGCUGGACUGGUGUUGGUGAAAGUCAAGGAGAAGACGCUUACAACGCCUACAGUCAACACCUUGUUUUAUGAGGGGUCACACGUGCAGCUAGCGAGUGUAUGUAUGUUUUGCAGCAGCAUCUCUCUCUCGCUGGGUCGUUCAGUUCUUCUACAGUAUUUUUUUAAUGUCUCCUUCUCGGGCCGUGGUGUUUUGUCUACUAUUCUUCGCAGAAACUUAUAUUAGAACAGUUUAUAAGGUUUCCGGGGGCCGGUUGGCAUGGCACGAAUGGAACGGCUGGAACGAAUGGCAGGCAUCCAAUCCGGGGCUUCAAUGUGCUCCGCCAUUCGUGCCAUUCGUGGACCUUUCAGACCUUCGAGAGCGGGGCGCCCUUCGGGCGCCCUGCGUUUUCAAGCGGUACCUCCCCCGCGGCGUUACCGCUCUCUCCGAAUGCUGCGCACAUACUUUGGCAUUCCCACUCAGGCGCCCUGCGACCAAUCUGCCACACCCUCCACGGCGUUGCGCUUCAGUACUAGGCUCCCCAAACCCGGCGCCCUUCAGGCGCGUUGCUUUUGCUCCAGCCCUCCUCUGCCACCCGCGAUGCAAAGCUGCCACGCAUCCGACCCGCCCCCCAAGCCACGGCCCACCUCCGUCGCCGCUCUCUCACGGCGGCGGCGCGGUGGAUCAGCUGAGCACCCUAGGGCGGGGGCCGCAUGCUAAAUCACCCGCCUCGUCGCAGCAUUCCUCUCGUGGAAUUCCGCGGGGGUCAUGCAAGUCCACCAGAAUUUGCGUGGCCCGCGCGGUAGUUCCAAGAAAGAAGCCAGCCCUCCGACGGUCAGCCGCACUAGGUUCCGCACUCUUUAGAGAGCAGCCAAGUCGGCUUUGUUUCUGGCUAGCUCCCUUACCAUUUUGAAAAUGGCAGGGGGGCUUUCCGUAGAAUUGCAGCCCUGCCUUCCAAUCCCCAUCCCUGUCCCCUUGUGCCAACGCCAACCGCGCCAUUCGUGGCACUUUUUGGCUUCGUUGGGUUGUUCCAACCGUGUCAUUCGUGCCAACCGUGCCACCCGCCAUUCGUGUUAUAAACUGUUCUAUUAUAUAUAAUUUCGUCUUGCAGAGCAUCUAUGUCUAUUUUUGCAAGUUAAAAGAGCGUAAGUAUUAUGAAUGUAUAAUCGUUCUAAUAUAGCACCUAGGUGACCAUCACCAUUCUGAAGUGUAUGAAGGAGCGCACGCGUAUCAUGGUCUGGACGGAUCCGCGUGCGGUCCUAUGGAUUCUUUCUCUUUCUACGUUGGAAGCAUGCCGGGGGAACUGCAACAACAGGAGUACGAAGCGUUCGCAGCUACGACAGAGGCUCAACAAGAGCAAGUUCAGCAAGUACUAGUACAUCAACAUUACUGUAACUACAAUACGGCGGAGGCUGCAGGAGGUGAAGGCUCGCAUGGCGCUUAUGAAGUGAAGCCAAGCGAUUUCUGCAUCGAUAUGCAUGAACUGCAGACGGCCCAGACAGAAGAGGGCGAUGGUGCCGACGCGAGCAGCAGCAUCGCUUGUCGUCACAAUUAUGCUCAUGGAUUUUACGACACGCUAGGCUCUGCUUGGACGCACCAGGAGGAAGAUCAGCAGCACUAUGCUAGUAAUCAGUAUGAGCAGCAAGGGGCGCAACGAGGACAAGCUGACCGACUGCAACAUGGUCGAAAUGAUGAGCAAGAAAUACUGGAUGACUACCAGCAGCAUCUAUACUAUGGAUUUCCUGGAAGAGCAGAGAAUGUAUUGCCUGCGGGAACAAGCCAAGAAGCACCUAGGACACUUCUGAGCAAAUUAAAGAUUUCGAACCAGCGCCCUCUCCCCAAACCGUUUGCAGCGAUGGAAGCUAUAGCCGCGCGGGUAGCGCACGUCGCGGAAAAUGGAACUAGACUUAUGAACGUGGUUUUAUGAUAACCUAUGUAUCAUGAGUGUAUCUAAAGAAGAUCCGUUUCCGAGUCAAUGAAAUAAAGUACUACUCGUAAGAUGGAUUAUGGGUGGUAUGGAUUGCAUUGCAUGGAUUGCUUGGCUAGGAGGAACUAGAACCCGACUCCGUUAAGGGGGAGGCGCGUACUUGUCUGGCAGACUGCAGCACCUCGCCCGACGCAGGCGCUGGCGUGAACUGCGCUCGGCGCUUGUUCCCUUGACAGACUUGUUGGCCCCUGGUGCCCGCCCGCGGACCCUGGGGCUGCGUUUUGUUGGGGUGAGCCCGCCUAUGGACCCCUUUCGGGCUCGGGCUGGCUGCCUUCGGGUUGUAUUCUGUUGCUGUUGUUUGCUUAUGCCGCGUCUGCCGCCCGGAUGCGGGCACUUCAUGAUUGUUUCUGCGCAAGCCGUUGACAGAUGAAACAGGACGGCAGUGAGCGCUGCCGAUGACGCCCGCAGGGCGCCCUGAAAAUCUAUCACUCUUAAUCAUUGCAAUCUAUAGCAAAACAUGCAAUCCAUAUCAUGCAUUUCAGAUAUCAGAUAUAAGCGAAGCUCUCUUAAAGUAGGUAUAAGCGAGUUGUAUAACUGAGUAGGUAAAAAAAAUGAUAGCACGUCCGGCGAGAGAGUUCUACUAAUGCACCCCUGGACGAACAAGGGGCAGUCUGCCCUGUGAUGAAGGCAGCAGGAAACGAGUGCGCACGGAAUAUUGUGAGAAUGAGAGUGGAAUACGAGCAACGCGUGAAGCAAGCUGACGAGAGGAAGCGGGUGGAAGCCGCUGCCGCCGCUGCGGCAGACGAACGAAAACGUAGCCGGAGACCACGCGGCCCUGUGGAGAUGGAAACGAAGGCAGUGGAGAUACACGGAGAGAUGUACUUCCUGCAAGUCCCAAAGGAAGAAAAUAACAAAGACAACAUCGCUGCCGAGACAUCGACACGUGGGAACGUCGAGAGCACGCUGGCAUUGGCAACUACACGAACUAUACCUCCGAAUGUAGUUGACACUACAUCAUCAAGCCCAGCUACAAUCGGCAUGAUUCCUACCCCGAUCUCGCCGGAGCAAACAAGUGUUGAUAACGCAUACUCCGGGCUUCAGAUUGACACAGGAGUUACACAAACUAUUGCACAUCGGCUGAAUAGUCCUUCUGCUGACGUUCCAACUCCAUCUUCAACUUCACAGAUUAGUCCUAGUCCCUGUAAUUUACAACUUCCCGCACAACCACCACCUGGGAUAGCCGUUGCCGGCACUGGUGGGAUCCCUAUAAUCAGCAAUCCACAGGACGCCGGCCAUCUGAGCCCUGGAUUGGUGUCGCAGAGUCCGGUGCACAUCAUCCUACCUCAUCUUCAUCCACCACGUUUAAGCAAUCUGGGACCACACUUCUUCCCCAAUUGCUCGCCGCCCGCACCGGGUUGCUGGCAUCAACAUCAACAGAACUCUUUCGGCACUCUGCCUGCUCUUGGCCCUGUAAAUAGCGUCGCCCUUCCACCGGGUCACCAGUGCUCCUGUGGAGUCGGAGGAGCAUCACCGAACCCAGUCUCUUCUCUUGCGGCCGCCGCAGGGUCUCUUUCAGCGACAUUCUCGUCAGUACCUGCGAGCGGCUCUCCUCAGAUGGUUAUUCUUCCACCCGGUGCCAUGCCUGUGAUGUUCGUAUCCCCAAACGCCGCGAAUAACGUGCAAUCCUUACUCAAAGACGGCAGCUCCUCUCCUGUUUACUGUAGAGAGGGUCUAAGUCUUGAUAGGGUGCCUAGGGCUUAGGAUGACCGUGACGGCUUCGCCGUAACCUCAGUAAAAGAGACAGACGGCAGAGCAGAUACUACUUUCUUUGUUCGCAACGGGUCGGAGAAAAUGAGGACGCGGCUCAACAAAGCAAUUGGUGGCUAGUACCAGGUGGAUACAUCUAUGACAUCCAUGAUCAGUCUGCACAUACACGAUCAGUAUCAUAAGCGUCUAGUUGUAUGCAUUGAAAUUAUAAUAGAGCUAGGCUUUUUUUGACCCAUAUCGGGCCGAGUUGCUCGAGUUGCCAACCCAAAUCUUUUGCGCGGCGCCCUUCGGGCGCAGAUUUAUGACCCUACGAGAGACCUUAACGGGAGCGCAUGACACCACGCGCCGCGUCUCUGAUUCUUGACCUUCUUCUUAGUGCGCCCUUAAGGCCCCACCAACUGCCCUUAUCUUGCCAAGGAAGUGCGAUCACCUAUUCUUACCAUCAGCUGAGUAGUGUGGUAUCUAGCUAGAUGGGUAAGAUAUCCAGCAGCGACGCCCUAUCUACAUCCGACGUCUCGGCAGUUCUAGACUAGUUGCAUACUGAUGGCGAUGCGCUCGCAUAUAAAUAUCUAGCGCGUCCAUCCAUUUCAAUUUAGCAACCUCCUCCAGUAUACUUACUGCUAUGCCCAAGACUGGACACGUCGCCCGCUGAAGCCAGCAG